UUGAUUACGUUUUCAGUAAAUGCAAAAGCUAAAUAUAUAAAAUUGAUUGUCUGUUUUGCUGAAUAAGGUUACGUCAUCGGAGCUUAUAAAAGCCACAAACGGGACUUCUCGACAAUCAUAACACAAUCAAAACAUCGGACACAACAAGACUUACAUAACAAAUUUUGUUUCAAUAUUAUUCCUUUUACUAUAAUGGCAGCCAGACAGCUAUCAACAAACCAACUGCUUAAACUUGGGGAUGAAAACGCAAGUAUGGCCGCGACUGCUUACAGUGACGAAAUUAAAAGUGCCGCGGAAUUAGGUCGUCUUUUGGGGAGUAUUGGGGACAAGUUGUUCUCGACUCCCGAAGUCGAACGCCACCAAAAUGAAAGAGAAAGGUCGAAUCAAACAGGCUGGUUGUCACAAUUUAUAGAAGCUAUUGACGUGACUCUUGAAUGGCUUGAGCACAAAGGUCAAAAUAUGAAAAUGGAUGCAAAGAAGCGAGAGCAAAUAUUGAGAGGACUGUAUAAUUUAACAGAGAUCGGGAACAACGCUCAAAUCUUCGUGAUAAUGGAAAUAGCAAGCGCAUUUCUGACAAACGAUCUAGAUCCGUUUCCAGGAAAGCGUCAAUACAUAGUGCAGUGUUUGGAAGAUGUCAAAGACCACCAGGAUUCCAUUGUGAGAUUAGUCGCAGAUGCGAGCAGGUUGCUUAAAGAAAUGUUGGAUAGUGAAAGCGUCGAUUUCCUAAUGGCCAUGCAGUUUGACAACAUCGUUAGGGAAGCAAAAACGAAGAUUGAUUUGUGUAGCCGGCGAUUGAACGGGGCAGAAAAAGCUAUUUAUGAGCUUGCUGGUAAAAUGAAAACCAUUAAAUGGAGUUUGCGUGGUAUGCGUGGCGCAGAUUGGGCGUUCACUGCUUAUUUUCUGUUCAAGCGAUAUCAGGAAUCCAGUCAUUCGUCAUUGGACCUGUUGCAGUUUGGUGGGUUUACCCUGGUCGCGGGUGGCCUAUGGAUGUGCUUAUUUCCAGGAACAGAGAGCGUUUUCUACGAGUCUAUUGCAAAACUCGAAUCACAACACUGUUUGUUGAAGGAGAAACUGGAAGAUUUGCGCAUAAGCUUGACUAGCGCUAAAGAUUUUAGAGAUGGACCAUUGAAAAACAGGGGGUCAUCCCAGUUAUGAUGUUCCUGUAGCCUACAAUUUACAAUAUUGAGCAAUGUCACUUGAGCUACGAAGUGUUAAUACUAGAGGGAAUGGUCAUGUCUCUAAGAGAAAUGGAAGAUCGGACUGGAAAGAAAUGUGUAUAAUACUUUAGCCAAAAUGGUGUAUAAUUAUUUGUCAUUGUACUUCACUGUGGUUUUUCACCCUCUGUUUUCAAACAUUGAACCGUGAUAAAGCUACACAGCUGUGUUAUUUUACGCAUUAAAAUAAGCAAAAACAUAGCUUCAUGUAAACUUUAAGUUUGCUAAAAUUUGCAAUGUAAUUUUCACUAAGAUUUUCGAAUUCUAAAUAAUUGCAUGAUUUAGUACCUCAAAUAACGUUUCAUGAAAAUAUUUCAGUUGAAAGUGUGUAUAAAAGUUGAUUACUAGUUUGUUAUAUGCAUGAUUUGUAAAAUAUAAAAUGUAAUUUUAUGAUCUUGUAAUAUUUUAUUGUAAUUUAUGGUAUAAAAAAUCGAAGAUCUAUUCAACAA